AGCAGCACAUCACAGCAAGACUACAGCAAGAGCCUCCAGUCAAAACGAAGAAGGGAGCCAAAGCUGCAGCAAAAUCCAACAUCAGAGGAGAAUCAUUUUGGCUUUUUUUUUUAAGUUUGUUUCUUUUGGUCUGAGUCCUUGCUGACUGCAAACUCUUAGUAAAUAUUUUUGUUAUAUUUUGCGCCAGCCUACAGUAGAUCUCACCAUGAGAUGCUGUACUUUACUUGUGUGUUUACUUUUGGGCAUAAGCACACAAAACGGAUGGAGCCUUCCCCUGAAGUCCGUCUUUGUCACCUUUCCAGGAGACAUUCCCAAAAACAUGACUGAUUCGGAGCUGGCAGAAAAUUACCUAAAGAACUUCGGCUACAUGAAUACUGUGGAACGCAGUGGCUUCCAGUCUAUGGUGUCCACCUCCAAGGCUCUGAAGAGGAUGCAGAAUCAGCUGGGGCUGGAGGAGACUGGGGUGCUGGAUAAAGAAACCCUGGAUGCUAUGAAAAAACCUCGCUGCGGAGUUCCUGAUGUGGCCAACUAUCAAACCUUUGCAGGAGACCUCAAGUGGGACCACAACGAUGUUACUUAUAGGAUCCUUAACUAUUCCCCAGACAUGGAUAGCGCUAUCAUUGACGAUGCUUUUGCCAGAGCGUUUAAGGUGUGGAGUGAUGUGACCCCUCUGACUUUUACCCGUCUCUAUGACGGCACGGCUGACAUCAUGAUAUCGUUUGGGAAAAAGGACCACGGAGACCCCUACCCAUUUGAUGGUAAGGAUGGCCUUCUAGCCCAUGCCUACCCCCCUGGUGAGGGUAUUCAGGGAGACGCCCACUUCGACGAUGAUGAGUUCUGGACCUUGGGGAAAGGAGCAGUUGUGAAGACUCACUUUGGAAAUGCGAAUGGCGCCACGUGCCACUUUCCCUUCAGUUUUGAGGGCAAAUCAUACUCCACCUGCACCACAGAGGGCCGCACAGACAAUCUGCCAUGGUGUUCCACCACAGCUGACUACGACAAGGACAAGAAAUAUGGCUUCUGCCCAAGUGAACUUCUAUACACUUUUGAUGGAAAUGCUGGUGGAGCUCCAUGUGUUUUCCCUUUCACCUUUCUGGGGGAAGAGUAUGACAGCUGUACCACAGAGGGCCGCAGUGAUGGUUACCGCUGGUGUGCCACCACAGGCAACUUUGACCAGGAUAAGAAAUAUGGAUUCUGUCCCAGUCGUGAUAUAGCUGUAAUUGGUGGAAAUUCUGAGGGAGAUCCCUGCCACUUCCCCUUUGUGUUCCUGGGUAAGGAGUAUCACUCAUGCACAAGUGAGGGACGAGGAGAUGGCAAGCUGUGGUGCAGCACCACUGACAGCUAUGAUGAUGACCAGAAAUGGGGCUUCUGUCCUGACCAGGGUUAUAGUCUGUUCCUGGUGGCUGCCCACGAAUUUGGACAUGCGCUUGGCCUGGAUCACUCCAACAUUAGAGAAGCUCUCAUGUACCCCAUGUACAGCUAUGCUGAAGACUUCUCCUUGCAUAGCGAUGACAUUAGCGGCAUUCAGUAUCUCUAUGGAAGUAGAACUGGCCCUGUGCCCACCCCACCUAACCCCAACCCCCCUACCGCUGAGCCCACUGAGCCCACUGAACCCACCACCACCACUACUGCAGUACCUGUGGAUCCAACCAAAGAUGCCUGCAAGCAGGACACAUUUGACACCAUCACUGUGAUUCAAGGAGAACUACAUUUCUUCAAGGAUGGACAUUACUGGAAGAUGUCCGGGAGCAGCAAUGCAGGGCCCUUUUCUAUUUCUAACAAGUGGCCUGCUCUUCCAGCUGUCAUCGACUCUGCCUUUGAGGACAGUCUGACAAAGAAAUUGUACUUCUUCUCAGGGAGCAAAUUCUGGGUUUACACAGGACAGAAUGUUCUGGGUCCCCGCAGCAUUGAGAAACUAGGCCUGCCCAACAACAUUCAGAAAGUGGAGGGAGCUCUGCAGAGGGGGAAAAGCAAAGUGCUGCUCUUCAGUGGGGAGAACUUCUGGAGGCUGGAUGUGAAGGCCCAGACAAUUGACAAGGGCUAUCCAAAGUUUACUGAUGUUGUCUUUGGUGGUAUCCCCAGUGAUGCUCAUGAUGUAUUCCAGUACCAAGGUCACACUUACUUCUGCCGGGAUCGCUUCUACUGGCGUAUGAAUUCCCGCAGGCAGGUGGACCGUGUUGGCUAUGUCAAAUAUGACCUGCUCAAGUGCUCAUCAGACACCCGCUACUGAAUACACACAUACUGAGCUGGGAAUUGUAAUGUGGUGGUACCCAUUUCUCCCAGCUGCUGUCUGGCAGAAUGUGACAGUGUUUUUGUGUAGCACCUGCUGUGCUGAUUUACGUGCUUUCUGGGAUGUGAAUAAUUGUCUUUCGGUCAUACUGGUUAUAAAACAUGUAGCGCCGGCCUAAAAAUGUGCCAAAGUCCCAGUACACUAGAGCAAAUUGCAAUGUUUGGCACUGCCUUCCCUCAGUCUGAUUGUCUGUGAACUGAUGGUUAUGGUGGCCUAUAAC